AUGAAGCGGCCCCAGCUCUGGCUCUCGCUGCAGUCUUUUGUGUGCCUGCCCCCGUGCGUGUUUGUUUGGUGUCUGCACCAAGAGGGAAGGGGUGGUCUCUUCAUCCCCGGCCUCAAAGCUCAAAGGGGGACAGAGCACACCCCUCGUCGCUAUAAUGGAGGGGACCCACAGGAGCUGCAGCUAUCUGCCGUUCUAUGCCAUGGGGGUGCAGGUUUAAGCAGCCUCUCUCCUCUGGAGCAGCACCUCUCCAACAAAGACCCAGUGUUCGCGGAGACAUCACCGCAGCCAAUCGCCACCCGGUUGCCCCUGGUAACCACGUCCAUCAUCCUUGAACAACCAAUGAUUGUGAAGGAGGAGGGGCUCGAUCCAGGUGCGCCUUGGCGUCCGCUUGGCAGAGCGCCUGGGAGCCGCCUGUGGCAGAGAAGCUCUGUCAAAUGCGACGCGGCUUCCGUACGAGCAGGCAGUCCGGCUCCGGGAGUCAUGGCGACCGCAGCGUCUAACCACUACAGCAUCCUCACGUCCAGUGCGUCCAUCGUGCACGCGGAGCCCGGCGGCAUGCAGCAAGCCUCGGCGUACCGGGACGCACAGAGCCUGUUGCAGGGAGACUACCCGCUGCAGACCAACAGCCACGCGCUGAGCCAUGCGCACCAGUGGAUCACCGCUCUGUCCCACGGAGAGGCGACUCCAUGGGCAGAACAGGACAUCAAGCCCACGGUGCAGGGCGCCCGGGACGACAUGCACAACACCAACACCAGCGCCAACCUGCAGCAUCAAACGCGCCACCUGGUGCAUCAUGGGAACCAUCAUGAUGCGCGCGCGUGGAGGACCACUACCGCGGCGCACAUUCCCAGCAUGGCGAGCACAAACGGCCAGAGCUUGAUCUACUCACAGCCAGGCUUCAGUGUCAACGGGCUGCUGCCAGGCAGCGGCCAGACGAUGUCCCAUCACAACAGCCUCCGAGACGCCCACGACGAGCACCACAGCCCGCAUCUGAGCGAGCACUCGCACGCGCAGUCCCAGCAUCAGCACCAGCACCGGCCGCAGAGCCACCACGAACACUCCGAUGAGGACACGCCGACGUCAGACGACUUGGAACAGUUUGCCAAACAGUUCAAACAGCGCAGGAUCAAGCUGGGCUUCACACAGGCGGAUGUGGGUCUUGCACUAGGAACUCUGUACGGAAAUGUGUUUUCCCAGACCACCAUCUGCAGGUUUGAGGCCCUGCAGCUCAGUUUCAAAAACAUGUGCAAGCUCAAGCCUCUGUUGAACAAGUGGCUGGAAGAGGCGGACUCUACGUCGGGCAGCCCGACGAGCUUGGACAAAAUCGCAGCGCAGGGAAGGAAACGAAAAAAACGGACUUCGAUUGAGGUAAGCGUAAAAGGAGCUUUGGAGAGCCAUUUUCUGAAGAGCCCAAAACCAGCAGCGUCGGAAAUUAUCUCCCUGGCGGAGAGUCUCCACUUGGAGAAAGAAGUAGUUCGGGUUUGGUUUUGUAACAGGAGACAGAAAGAGAAACGCAUGACGCCCCCGGGAGGAGCGCUGCCCGGGACUGAGGAUGUGUACGGAGACACGCCGCCGCACCACGGGGUCCAGACUCCGGUCCAGUGA